AUGUCUUCUAAACCGAAAACGGUUUUAAGUGAAAAACUUGAACGCGUAACGAGUUCCCAAGCAUUUACCUGGUCACCGUUACCUGCGAAGAGAAAGUUGGCUUUUACCGAAAAAAAUCAGACUCAACCAUCGCAAAACAGCGGUAAUAAAGAGCCGUAUUAUCCAAACUGCGACUCUGAAAUCUGGCUAAGGUCUUGCAAGCAGGAAGUCACUGAACCUUUACAAGGUGAAACCAAAGGUAAAAUACCGACUUGGCUGAAUGGAACUUUGCUGAGAAAUGGUCCCGGAACCCUUCAAGCGGGUGAAAACGAGUUUCAACAUAUCUUUGAUGGCUCAGCUUUAUUGCAUCGGUUUGGAAUAAAUAAUGGCAACGUAACUUAUCAAUGCCGAUUUCUGCAAUCCGAAAUAUACAAGAAAACCUGCAACGCAAACCGCCUAAUAAUCACAGAAUUUGGAACCAAAGCAGUAACAGAUCCCUGCCAGAGCAUCUUUCAACGGAUUAGUACGAUGUUCAGUCUAAAUGCAUCGGCCUCGGAUAAUUCCUUGGUGUCGAUUUAUCCAUUCGGAGACCAAGUGUAUGCUUAUGGCGAAAUGCCUUUCAUCCACAAAAUCGAUUUGCAAAGCCUGGAAACCUUGGAUCGAGUUGAUUUACACGACCAAAUAAACAUAGUGAUCCACACUUCGCAUCCACAUAUUAUGGAAAAUUCCAGUGUGUACAACUUGGGAUUAUCACUACACGCAUCAGGGCCUUACCAUUCAGUCGUAUGCUUCCCAAAGACGCUGGAAGAUUCAGAUCAAUCAAUGUUCGAUAACGCCAAAAUCGUGGCUUCAAUACCCGCAAGAUGGCCUUUACAUCCUUCAUACAUGCAUACUUUUGGAAUAACAGACAAAUACUUUGUGAUAGUGGAGCAACCUUUAAGCUUAUCGAUCCCCGCAACUUUAGCUCUUAAAGUGCAAAACGAACCUCUCUCUGGGGCCUUCCGAUGGUACGGCAAUGAAUAUACCCAAGUCAAUGUGGUAUCGAGGAAGACUGGAGAGAUAGUGCGAACGUUUCAAGCAGAAACUUUUUUCUUUCUUCAUAUUAUCAAUCAAUAUGAAGACUCCGGUCAUGUUGUUAUAGAUGUAUGUGCUUACAGAGAUCCUUCAAUGCUCGACUGUAUGUACGUUGAAACUCUGAAGAAUAUGCAAUCAAACCCAGACUACGCAAAAAUGUUCAGAGGACGACCGAUUCGCUUCGUUCUGCCACUAAACCCGCAAUCUCAACAAAUCGCAGGCGAAUCCAAUUUAAUAACCUUGAGAAAUACUCAAGCUCUUGCAAUCUACCUACCAAAUGGCAAUAUUCAUGUUAAAGCAGAAAAACUCUGCAAUUUGGGUUGCGAAACCCCACGAAUUUACUAUGAAAGAUACUCAGGGCGAAAAUACCGAUAUUUCUACGCAAUCAGUUCAGAUGUAGACGCGGAAAAUCCAGGAGCGAUUAUCAAAGUAGACACAAAAGAAAAAACGUGCCGAACUUGGCAGCAAGAAAAUUGUUUCCCAGGAGAACCAAUCUUUGUCCCAUCGCCCCAAGCUAAGACUGAAGACGACGGACUUAUUCUAUCAAUUAUCUUGCGAGGACAUGGAGAAACCAAUCACGUGGGUCUUUUGAUCAUUGAUGCGCGAACUUUUGAGGAAAUUGGAAGAACUGAAUUCCAAACAGACAGUCCUGUUCCGAGAUGUUUACACGGUUGGUUUUUCCCGCGAAGCUAAAGCGGAUUGCAUGGACAUCCAUAGCUCAGGUUAAAUAAUACUAUUUCCUUUACGUUAUUGUUCUAAUAAAUUAAUAAAAUGUAUAAUUAACAACA